UGUGAGGAGUCGUGCGGUGUAGGUGUGCUGUGUUGCCUCAAGAGGGAGCUUUAUUAACUGUCAUAUAACAUGAUGCUGCUCAAUUUCAAGGUAUACCCAAUGUAGACCCACCACAGCGGAUUCAGCCCUCCCACUAGAGAAUCUGCGGAAAAUCUGAACUAAAGGGUUGGAGUUCAGCUGCAUCAGGAUGACAUCUACUGAUGAACCAGAGCCUGUGACACAAAAGGAGGCUUUGGUGCAGAAGUUGGAAGCUCCGCUGGUUCCUCCGCUGUGUGUUCCCCAUUACUCUGACUCCAGUUCAGUCUUCACUGAUAAGCAUAGAAACUAUCACAUGCUGGGCCACUGCUUGCGCACCGACAUCUUCCCUGGAGCCCCUAUAGCGUGGUCCUCCCUGAUUAAAGACUCUUACAUCAAUUAUUCUCUGCAGUCUCCGCCCCCUGAUCCACAAUGCUGGUAUGGCCGCAGAACUGAUGAUAUGAUGAGAUGGACUGAGAGGAAUAUAAUAAACCAGAAGCUGCAAAAGGCUCUGAGGGAAAUGGAGCAGAAGAACAUGCCUAAAUGA